AUGGUUAACGCACCUUCGCACGUAACUUUGGAUCUUGUGCUCACCAACGUCACCGUUCAGGCUCUGCCGCCCAAUACCACAUCCAAGGUGCAGUCAAUGGACACCGGUAUCAUCGCUACAUUCAAGCGCCACUACCGGCGUCUGCACCUACAAAACGUUUUGGAUCGCGAUGAUGCGGGAGCGGCCGAUCUCUACAAAGUUGAUCAAGUCACAGCCAUGCGUUGGUCACUUAUAGCGUGGAGCAAGAUUUCGAGCACCACCAAUGCGAAUCGCUUCAAGCACACUGGACUCAUGAAUGGGCCGACUUUACCAGCAGUUGAAGCAGGCGCUUCAGCAGGGGACAUUCAGCUGCCUGUGCAACAGGAUGCAGAUCUGGUUUACCAGGAGGAGCAGGAAGUGGAGAAGGAUAUGGAGUCAAUUCUGCAACGCCUGCUUUUGCGCAAUCGAUGUCUAUUGCGCCACUGCUCAAUCCAGCUGAUGAGGAGCCGACGGUGUAUGCGGAGCUAA